AUGUCGAGACGCUACGACGGCCGCACGACCACCUUCUCCCCGGAAGGCCGACUCUUCCAGGUGGAAUACGCCAUGGAGGCCAUCAACAACGCCGGAUCGGCCGUCGGAAUCCUUGCCAAGGACGGCAUCGUGAUUGCAGCUGAGAAGAAGACGGUGUCAAAGCUAUUAACCCCCAGCAAGACAAGCGAGAAGACCAUCAAGCUGGACGACCACCUCAUUUGCGCCGUGGCCGGUCUGACGGCUGAUGCUAAUAUCUUGGUCAACUACGCGCGUUUGUCGGCGCAGCGCUAUGAACUUGCGUACCAAGAGAAGGAGCCGUGCGAGCAGCUCGUGCAGACGCUUUGUAACUACAAGCAGGCGUACACACAGUUCGGUGGUCAGCGUCCCUUCGGCGUGUCCUUCCUGUACGCUGGCUGGGACCGUCACCACGGCUUCCAGCUAUACCACAGUGACCCGAGCGGAAACUACGGCGGCUGGAAGGCCACCGCCAUCGGUGCCAACAACCGUGCAGCUAAGAGCAUGCUCAAGAGCGACUACGAGGAGGGCAUGACGGUGGAAGAGGCUCUGGCUUUCUCGGUCAAGGUUAUGAACAAGACCAUGGACUCCACCUCCCCCAGUGCAGAGAAGCUUGAGUUCACGACGGUCACGCGGAACGCGGACGGCAAGAUUGUGCACCGCCAACUCACCGAGAGCGAGACGGAUGAGCUGUUGAAGAAGGCGGCUGCAGACACGGCCUCAUCGGGCGACAUGUAA